UAUCGCUGGGGCGAUUUGGGCUAUGCGACGCUCGUCGGCCAGAUGAGUUUGGCGGUGCGCGACUCGGACCCGAGUAGACGUCACUUUGUGAUUACAUUAGCGGGAGUGCCGCGUUUGAUCGAGCUGUGGGCCUUUGAGCACUUACCUUGGCUGGCUCCCCGAAAGGGGCAGAGGCCUUUGGAGUUCCCUGUCGGUCGCCGUUGGGGUUGGAAGAAGAAGCUGACAGUGCAUCCACCGCCCGAUACCGUGUGGGAUCUUAUUCGGGACGGGAACCCUGAGCAUGUACAGAAUCUUAUCCUCUAUCUCAUAUUUCGUCAUUCUUUUUAUUUUCUACAUGCGAGAUCUGACCGUGUUUGUACAAAAACAGGUGGUUUGGACCCCAUGGCUCUCUUUUAGGGGUACUCAUGCUUCGGUCAGGGAUAGUUAUGCCCUGAGCCAGAUGCGGGUUUUGUUCGUUGGCCGCCGGGACCCUGUCUGGUACCUGGGAGAGCGGGUACGUAUGCAGACGGUCGGGGCUUUUUCGGUGCCUAGGCCUCCGCCUGGGACCAUGUUGUCUACUCGCUCGAUAGGUGAGUCGUGGAGGGUCCACUAGAGGACUGGCGUGCCGGCGACGGAGUUGGUGAUAGAGGGAGCUAGCUAUCAUCAG